AUGAUUAGUGGCCAGCAGAGCGGCUGGCUUCUAGAUUCGCUUGUUCGGUUCCAGGGGUUGAUCUUCGCUCUGGUCCCCUCUGCUGCUCUGCAGUGGCUCAGUCUUCAGAUGCGCGUCCCGGUAGACAGAGCUCUGGUCAGAUGGAACACACGGCAUCUCAACAAGUGAAUGGCUACUAUAAAAUCUCAAAGCCAGGAGCUCUGUGAACAAAGUGAGGUCCUGAGGCCUGACAUGUCAUGGCGAUCUAUAACUCUCAUGGAGCGAUGUGACUCUGAGGCAUCUCGUCAGAAGUUUAGACAGUUCCAGUAUUUGAAAACUCUUGGGCCCCAUGAAUCCCUGAGCCAACUCUGGGAGCUCUGUCUUCAGUGGCUGAGACCAGAGAUCCAUACAAAAGAACAGAUGCUACAACUACUGGUGCUUGAGCAGUUUCUAGCAGUCCUCCCUGAAGAAGUCAGUACUUGGGUGUAUUCACAGCAUCCUGAGAACAGCAAAGACAUGGUAGCCCUCAUUGAUGAUGUGAUUGAAAUAUUCAGUGACCAAGAUACAUCCUUCAAGGAGUCCAUCCACAGGAGGGAACCAGUGACAUUCAAAGAUGUGCUUGUGGAAUUCAGCAAGGAAGAGUGGGAGCAGCUGGACUCUGCUGGAAAGAUCCUGUACAAGGAUGUGAUGCUGGAGAACUUCAGAAAUCUGAACAUAGUGUAUAAAGGAUUUUUAUGGUCUCAUGGUCGACAACCUAAAAGCCGUACUAUAAAGGAUUCGUAUGAAUGUCCCCUUUGUGAGAAAACCUUCAGCAGAACAUCUUCUCUUAUUCGACAUCAGACCACCCACACCAGAGAAAAACCAUACAAAUGCAAUGAAUGUGGGAAAUCCUUCAACAGACAUUCAGACCUUAAGAGUCAUCAAAAGCUUCAUACUAAAGCAAGGGAUGGUGACUACUAUAACAUGGAAAAUCUUUCAGGAGCAAGAUUGAGUUUUCAAGAUUCUGCAAACCAAAGCUAUCAGUGUCUUCACUGUGGAAAAUCCUUCAGCCGCAAUUCUUCCCUCCUUCGACAUAAAGUAAUUCAUACAGGAGAAAAACCAUUCAAAUGUAAGGUCUGUAAAAAAACCUUCGCCAGAUGUACAAGCCUUGUUAAACAUAAGGAACUUCAUACUUGA